CUCAGCUUUAACACACCUUGACUCGAUCUGGAUAAAAAAAGUGGGAAGCGCAAAGGUGGAGAAGAAAACAUCAGGGGAAGAGAAAGGGGGGAUUUAUUCAAAGUUGUUUCCGAUUCCUUCAAAAUCUCAGACUAGGUGGUUAUGGUAUGGACGUAAACAAAAACAAACGAGAAGGCACCGAGAUCACUGAGAGACUUAUCACGGAAACUGUAACUACAAGACUUACAUCUUUACCUCCAAAAGGAGGGACCAGCAAUGGCUACGCUAAAACGGGCUCUCUUGGUGGAAGCAGCCGGCUGGAGAAACAGAGCCUGACCCACGGCAGCAGCGGGUACAUAAACUCAAGCGGAAGCACGCGGGGCCAUGCUUCCACCUCCAGCUACAGGAGGGCUCACUCACCCGCCGCCACCCUGGGCCACUCUCCUGCCUCAACCUUUGAAAGGAAAACUCACGUCAGCCGCCAUGGAACAUACGAAGGGAGUUCCAGUGGCAACUCUUCUCCUGAGUAUCCGCGGAAGGAAUUUGCAUCUUCUUCAACCAGAGGACGGAGCCAGACUCGAGAGAGCGAAAUCCGAGUUCGCCUGCAGAGUGCCUCCCCGUCAACCCGAUGGACAGAGCUGGAUGAUGUUAAACGUCUGCUCAAGGGGAGCCGAUCAGCCAGCGUGAGCCCGACCCGGAACUCCUCCAACACCCUCCCCAUCCCCAAGAAAGGCACCGUGGAGACCAAAACAGUGAAGGCCAGCUCCCACUCCGUAUCUGGCACCUACGACGCGACCCUCCUGGAUGCCAACCUUCCCUCCCACAUGUGGUCCUCCACCCUGCCAGCGGGGUCGUCCAUGGGGACCUAUCACAACAACAUGACAACCCAGAGCUCGUCCUUGCUCAACACCAACGCCUACUCUUCAGGCUCAGUCUUUGGACUUCAGAAUAACAUGGCGUCCUGCUCUCCCACCCUGCACCCUGGACUCAGCACCUGCUCCUCAGUGUUUGGCAUGCAGAACAACCUGGCCCCCAGCUCGACCACCCUGUGCCAUGGCACAACCACCUCCUCCACAGCCUAUGGUGUGAAGAAAAACAUGGCCCAGAGCCCUGCUGUCGUGAGCACGGGUGUGUCUACCUCUGCCGCCUGCAGCACGAGUGUCCAGAAUGAUGACCUCUUGCACAAGGACUGUAAAUUCCUGAUCCUGGAGAAAGACAAUGUGCCUGCCAAGAAGGAGAUGGAGCUGCUGAUCAUGAACAAGGACAGUGGGAAGGUCUUCACUGCCUCACCCGCCAGCAUCGCUGCAACUUCUUUUUCAGAGGACACCCUAAAAAAAGAAAAGCAAGCGGCCUACACUGCUGAGACCCACCUACUAUCAGAAACUAAUGGAGACUUGAAGACUAUGUCCACAAAGGGAAAAUCAGCUGCCUCAGGCGCCCACAGCUAUGACCACAUUGGUGGUGGAGGAGGAGGAGGAGGAGGCACCAAAGUUGUUGGUGGCCACGGCGGGGGAUCCUGGGGGGCAGCACCAGCCUGGUGCCCCUGUGGCUCCUGCUGCAGCUGGUGGAAAUGGCUGCUGGGCCUGCUGCUCACCUGGCUGCUGCUCCUGGGGCUUCUGUUCGGCCUCAUCGCUCUGGCGGAGGAGGUGAGGAAGCUGAAAGCGCGAGUGGACGAGCUGGAGAAGCUCAAGAGAAACGUGAUGUAUUUGAACGAGGAGAUGGAGAGGAGCAGCAGCAAGGACCAACUGCAAGGGGUGGCGCCUGGAGCGGGGGCGGUGGCGGGGUCCACCGGGCUGGACAGCGGCAGCCAGGAGGCCCUCUGGCUAUUUGUGAGGAACAAGCUGAUGACCGAACAAGAAAACGGAAAUCUCCGAGGAAGUCCUGGCCCGAAAGGUGACACAGGAAGUCCAGGCCCUAAAGGAGAUAGAGGACUCCCUGGAAUUCCAGGUAUCCCUGGGCCCUUGGGCCACCCAGGUCCAGAAGGACCCCGUGGACAAAAAGGCAGUGUGGGAGAGCCUGGUAUGGAGGGGCCCAUGGGCCAGAGAGGGCGAGAAGGCCCCACAGGACCUCGAGGUGAACCAGGACCUCCUGGGAUCGGAGAAAAAGGAGACACAGGGGCUGCUGGUGAACCGGGUGUUCAAGGCCCACCUGGUGUCCCAGGUUCUGUGGGUCCCAAAGGUUCCAGUGGUUCUCCUGGCCCACGAGGUCCCCCAGGCUCUGCGGGUCUCCAAGGGAUCCGAGGUGAAGUGGGCCUCCCUGGUGUCAAAGGUGACAAAGGGCCCAUGGGACCGGCAGGACCCAAAGGUGACCAGGGUGAGAAGGGACCCCGAGGUCUCACAGGGGAGCCCGGCCUGAGAGGUUUGCCUGGAGCUGUGGGCGAGCCUGGGGCCAAAGGAGCGAUGGGACCUGCUGGCCCCGACGGACUCCAAGGCCCAAGAGGCGAACAAGGUCUCACCGGGAUGCCUGGAACCCGCGGCCCUCCGGGACCUUCUGGAGACCCAGGAAAGCCAGGUCUCACGGGACCCCAAGGACCUCAAGGACUUCCUGGUGCCCCCGGUCAGCCAGGGACUAAAGGUGAGCCAGGAGCUCCAGGCAGGAUCAUGACCUCAGAGGGGUCAUCGACUAUCACCGUCCCAGGUCCCCCGGGACCUCCUGGAGCCAUGGGACCCCCAGGACCGGCAGGCGCCCCAGGUCCAGUUGGCCCAGCUGGUCUCCCAGGACAGCAAGAGGGUCUUGAUUUACGAGGUCCCCCAGGCCCCCCUGGGCCACGUGGGCCGCCAGGACCUGCCAUCCCAGGCCCACCAGGACCCCGAGGCCCAGCAGGGGAAGGCUUGCCAGGCCCACCAGGCCCCCCAGGAUCUUUCCUGACCAGCUCGGAGAGCUUCUUCUCUGGCCCUCCAGGCCCGCCUGGGCCCCCAGGACCCAAGGGAGACCAAGGUGAUCCCGGAGUACCAGGCAUUCCUGGUGGUGUCUCUCAAGGGGGCUCCUCGAGCACCAUGUUCAUGCAGGGCCCGCCAGGCCCACCCGGACCCCCCGGACGCCCUGGCUCCAUCAGCAGCUCUGGCUUAGAGAUUCAGCAGUACAUCUCUGACUACAUGCAGAGUGACAGCAUAAGGUCUUACCUUUCUGGAGUCCAGGGCCCCCCUGGUCCCCCCGGCCCCCCAGGGCCCGUCUCCACCAUCACCGGUGAGACUUUCGACUACUCGGAGCUGGCGAGCCGCGUCGUGAGCUACUUGCGGACUUCGGGCCAGACCAUCAGCUCCUCAUCAUCGGGCUCCAUCUCCUCUGACGACAUCCUGGCAGCGCUACAGCGUGAUGAUGUGCGGCAGUAUCUACGCCAGUACCUGACUGGCCCACGGGGACCUCCAGGGCCAACGGGAGGCGGUGGAGAUUGGUCCCUCCAGUCUUUGGACUACGCAGAGCUGAGCAAUCGCGUCCUCAGCUACAUGUCAAGUUCUGGGAUCAGCAUCGGGCUUCCUGGCCCUCCAGGACCCCCUGGUUUGCCGGGAACUUCCUACGAGGAGCUCGUCUCCUUGCUUCGAGGCUCUGAAUUCAGAGGCAUCGUUGGACCCCCUGGUCCCCCAGGGCCACCAGGGCGCCCGGGCAGCUCGUGGUCCAGCAUCAGCUCGGAGGACCUGUCAUCUUACCUGCACUCUGCUGGCUUAUCAUCCAUCCCAGGCCCCCCAGGGCCCCCUGGCCCCCCAGGCCCUCGAGGGCCUCCAGGUGUCUCAGAAGCUCUGGCCACCUACGCCUCUGAAAACAGCGACAGCUUCCGGAGUGAGCUCAUCAGCUACCUCACAAGUCCUGAUGUGCGCAGCUUCAUUGUCGGUCCCCCUGGCCCUCCGGGGCCCCAGGGACCACCUGGAGACAGUCGCCUGUUGUCCUCGGAAGGCUCCUACAGCAGGGGGAGCAGAUCCUCCUCCCACAGCGGAGACAGCUCCUACAGCAAUUCGAUGGGCAUAGGAGGAACCAGCGGAGGCUACCUUGGCGAAAGCGGAGCAUUUGGCAUGGAUACGGGCCGGGGCUAUGGGGCAGCAGCAGAAGGCGGAAUGUAUGGUGGCCAUGGUGGAUCAUUCCGGGCUGAUUUUGCUGAAGGCCUGGACUACAACAAGCUGGCUGUUCGCGUGUCUGAGAGCCUGCAGCGUCAGGGCCUGCUCCAAGGAAUGGCCUACACUGUCCAAGGCCCACCGGGCCGGCCUGGGCCUCGGGGGCCUCCGGGAAUCAGCAAGGUCUUCUCUGCCUACAGCAAUGUGACACAAGAUCUCAUGGAGUUUUUCCGAACUUAUGGAGCUAUUCCUGGACCUCCUGGGCAGAAAGGAGAGAUGGGCAUCCCAGGACCCCAGGGUGAGAGAGGUCCAGCUGGACCACCAGGUCGGCCUGGGCCACAGGGCCCUCGAGGGCAUAAAGGAGAAAAAGGAGACAAAGGUGACCAAGUCUAUGCUGGGCGGAGGAGGAGAAGCAUUGCCCUCAAGCCCUGAGCUCACCUGACAAAUAGCACCCUGGACCAGCUCUUGACAAUGGCACACUUCAGUCUCUUCAGGGGUGAAAGCUGGAAUCUAUCAGGGUCCUACUGAGAUGUAUACCAACUGUCAAAUAGAACCCCGGAGAGAGAGUGAAUCAGUCAAGGAAACAAUCUGAAGCCACAUCACUAGAUGGACUUUAGGACAGUUGGAGAAUGAGACUGACUUCUCUGGCUUCUUUAACACUUAAUUCAAGCCCCGACCUAGGAAAGGCACUUACAUAAACAUUGAUUCAAGUGUCCAUGAGCUUUGUCUAAAAAUAAGCCCCUGAAAUGAAAGCUGGGGAUGGGGUUGCUUUCCUGGGUACACUGGGGUUUGUGUUCUGCCUGCAAGAUUGUGUUAUGGGUACCUUCCUCCCCAUCGUUAGGAUAUGCUAUGCCUCUCUGCAUUCUCUAGUCACAGAAAAGAGUUGGCUAAGAAGCAACUCUUGCAACUGAAAAAAAUUAAGAAAUUGACUUCCCCUGAAGGUGGUGACAGGGUUUCUAAUAGUUCUCACUAGAUAUCAUAUUCCCACUUGCUUAGAAAGUUUGAUUGUAGCUCUGAUCUGUAUCAGUCCACAGUAGAGUUUAUAGAUAUGUUAGAGUGAACUAGGCUGCAGCUAAAGGGAAAGGGCAAUGGGCAAGUAAAAAAGGGAGAGCAGGGACUAGAGAAGACCUGAUGCUGGGAAGAGAUGUUACCUCUGUGCUACACUUAGGAAAUGACAUGCAGGAUGGGGCUCAGUGGGUUUAUAAGCACUUUCAAUGUCUGAAAACAUUUAUGUGGUCUAUUAGAUGAAAAGUCAUUUCAAUUGUAA